UUCAUUAUUAUUGUUAUUACUUCAGAACGGAAUGAAGACUUUCACCUCACCACAGUUGUCAGGCAAUGUAUUAACUAAAGAAAUUACUUCUACAUAGCAGUAAAACGGAUGUUGUGGGCUAAAACUUGUCACCAGAGAGAUAAGAAUGCCAGCCUUUGAAAUGGUAGAGUGGCACCCUAUCGCUGAGAAUGUCCCAAAUAUAUAAAGUGCAACAGUUUGCAAGCAGACCUUUAAGUUAUCUCCCUUGAAAACAACCGCAUUGAAAUAAAGGGAGAUAAAUCGUAAUUUACCGUCGGCGAAAAUGUCGGUUCCAGUUUGGUACCAAAGAGUCAUCUCUGUUCCACCCAAAAAGCGAGGAUGUCAUCUCAUUCAGAACGAAGUGGAAAACUCUAUGCCAGAGAUCCGUAAUUUAAAGCAUGGCCUACUUCAUAUUCUGAUUAAACAUACGUCUGCCAGCAUUGGAUUAAAUGAAAAUUGGGAUUCUGAUGUGCGAGUUGAUAUGGAAAUGUUCUUGAACCGUGCUAUACCUGAGAAUAUUCCAUAUAAACACUCAUGUGAAGGACCUGAUGACAUGCCUGCUCAUAUCAAAGCAGCAUUUAUCGGCAGUAAUCUCUCUAUACCUGUAACUGAAGGCAAGCUUAACCUUGGAACUUGGCAAGGAUUAUGGUUGUUUGAACAUCGAGACCAUGCAAGUUCAAGAAGUCUCGUAUUAACAUUACAAGGUAUUCCAAAAUCAUGAACAAAAAUCUCAGACAUUUCACCCAGGAAUUAAACACUCUUCAAAAUUGGUGCCCACUUGUUUUCUUGUUUGUAAGAUUUUGUAAAGACUAUUAAACUUUAACCAAUAUAAUUCUCAUUUUUUUUUUGUUAAAUCUUAUUAAUCUACCAGCAA